AUGGACAUAUUCCUGGGGAAGACUAUUGAGGGCAACGAGAAAGAGGAGCUUCAAGAACUGCAAGAGCGUUUGAACAGCAAGAUCCGGAUCAUAUCGCCUGCGAUUGAUAUGAUAGAAUUGAUCUCUGCUAGGGGAAAUACAUCUCUGGAAUCUGCUGUCUCCCUCACUAAGUCCCUUCGAUGGGAGAUCCAAGCUCUCGGCCAACGUCUCGCAUCCGCAGCCAAUGCCGAGGAAUUGGUACGAAGAAAAGUCUCCAAAGCUCAAGACAAGGCUCAACACGAACAAGAAUUGAAGCGAAUAGUCCAAGCUAUCCGCAAGCUACUGAGUCGCAUCGAGGAUGCAGUCCCACUCAUCAAUCUUGCCAUCACAGCUUCUGGUGCCAGCCUUUCCUCAAACUUGCCCUCUACCGUCUCUCCGUCCCGCUUACUACAGGCUAGCACCUUUUUGACGGCAGGAGACUCGCAAUACGGUGUAUCGUCUUCCAGCUAUGUUCAGAUCGGUCCUACCUUCACCUUGUCAAUGUACAUGCUCUUCCUAGGUCACCUUCGACCACAAAAUGAAGAAGAGGUGCGAGAGAGUACGUGGAAAGAGGUCAUUCACAAGGCGGAUGUCAGGCUCAUGCGAGUGUCGAUCGACGCACUCUAUGACCUACCUGGAACCAAUCGAACGGCAAAUUCUCCAAAGCAUACCAGUGGGGGCGAUGGGACAUCCGACUUCAAGGAAUCGGAACGCUCGGACUACUUUCCCCCACAAAUGGAUGGUGAGGUUAAAACAGAUGAAUACGCUUAUCAGCUUGUCAUUGUUGAAGACUUGGAUGAUGAUCGCGUCCACACUUUCGAGGAUGGCGAGCCGCAACCCGGCUCGUACGGGGACGUACCUUCGGCUGGUAUACGAGAAGCUGUCCCAAUACACGAGCUGUCCAAAAUCUUUUACGCAGAUACGGGUAAGAUCCUAAACAUCGGAAGUGAAGGCGAAACCAACAGCCCGGUGCUCCUGUUGAAGAGAGAUCCAAAUGCUAUUCCACCAAGAAGGAUGAUGAACCAAGAUAAUAAUGAAGACGGACAAGGCUUCGACGAGGCAGACACCAAUAGCUUUAACCAAUCCCCGGCAACGAACAGUCAUGACAGCAGUAAAGCACUGGUUACUUCACCCCAGUGUGGACUGCAAUCCUCGCCAGCGGCAUCAACACUAUCGCAAGACCAGCAAGUUACCCGCCUUCCAGAUCCCUGGCGUCUUCCAUCUGAUCUCGAUCCCGAAUGGAUAGCAUUCGAAGUCUACACCGAAGCAGAAGACUCCGAUACUGAGUCCGAAGUCGACACAUCCUCUUUGAGACCCGCCCCAUCCUCUCGCGCUCCUUCAUUGGACCCAAAAAUGACGUCUGCUUUAUCUCGCCUCUCAGUGAACACUCCACCCACAUCCUCUCCGUCACCUCAGCCACCAACUCCACAGAUUUGGCAGCAACUCCGGCCUACGCUUCCACCGAUUCGAACCUCGCUUUCUUUAUUGGAGACGCUUCUUCGACUUCUAUCCCUCCAACAAUUCCAGCAAACACCUCAUCUGUCUAUUCCCGAUGAACUUCUUACCUUUUUCCUCAGCGAGUCAGCCUCUACUGGUGCCGCGAGUAAUGACAUACAAGAGCGUAAGCGUCUUCGAGAGGAAGCACGACGACGUGUCGGUUUCGAUCCAUAUGAUGAAAGCCCUAUCAAGCGAAGGGGUGAAGAAUACCAGUACCAUGGCCGUGAAGGAACCCUUCAGUCGGACGGAGAGGGAGAACACGGAAGCGAACGAGGUUAUGAAAGCGAGGCGCGCUUUCAAAGUCCAAGGUAUGAAGAUGAAGGGUACGACACCAGGAAUUGGACGUACCCAUCGCAAGGAGGACGCUCCCCUUCGACGCCAAGAGAGUCAACACCACAAACCCCCCCUCUACUGCUGAAGAACCGAUCGAGAAGUGGCACGCCAGAGAAAUCACCAUCCAUUCCUGGAGGACGCUAUGCUGCGCCUAAGAGGUGGCAUGACGGUCGAGCUGGUCUGCGUCAAGGGAACGCUGAUGCCGCCAGAAGAGGGAGUCCUUUAGCAAGGGCAGGAACAGGAGUCACCGAUGAGGCAUUGGGUACGAGUCCUGCAUCUGGAGAGGAACAGAAAAAGUAA